UGUGUGAGAGAGAGUAUGACAGAGAGAGAGCACAGGGCGUUGCAAGCAAGGGGGGAAAUAUUGAUGAGGAUGAUGGACCUGAUGACGAAGAGUAGAACAAUGUGAUGAUGUGUGGUUCUGGACGAGACUGGAAUCUCUAAUUAAAUCAUAUCAGACAGUCUGAAGAGAAGAGGCAUAGUGACGAGAGAGGAUAAAAGCUAACAGACGGCCCCCACCAAGUCAUUUCCCAGUUCACUCCACUGCCAAGUACUGUACAAGCAUCAAUGGACCUGUCAAUCAUCCUCCACACCUUUCUCCUCCUCUUUUCCAUCAGUGGAGUUCUUGGAGUGUGCCCAGAUGGAUGCCAGUGCAGAGACAGCAAAAUCCUCUGUCAAGGCAGGUCAAUCACAGAGUUCCCGUCCUCAGUGCCUGGCUCUACCACCAACUUCUACAUCUCCAACACCAACAUUACCACUCUCAAACCCCAUGACUUGGCUGCUUUUGCCGAGGCCCUUGGCAUCUUUGUGGUCAAAGACACUGGGAUCAGAGAGGUGUUCCCUGGCACCUUUGACCUCAGUCAUAACCUGGGUGCCCUGGGCUUCACCGGCACUGAGCUGAAAGACCUGCCUGAGGCCCUGUUUCUAAAUCUGGUGAAGCUGGAAUCUCUGACUCUGAGCGGCAACAAGUUCCUGGUGCUCCGCCCUGCCUGGCUCAACUCCCUCACUGCUCUUAGGAACCUGGACAUAGGCAAGAACCUCAUCACGUCUGUACCUGAGGAGGCCUUUCGCUCCGUCACUGAGCUGCAGCAUCUCUCCCUAGCCAGGAAUAACAUCAGUCAGUUCUCAAGGGACACCUUCAGGGGCCUGAGAAAUCUCAAAUCCCUGCGUCUGAACCGAAACGCUCUCAAGGAGAUCCCUGCUGGAGCGUUGGAUGACCUGGUGAGCCUGGAGGAGAUUUCUCUGCAGGAUAACGACAUCACUCAUCUCCCCGCUAACCUGUUCUCCCAGCUGCAGAGCCUGCAGAAGCUUUAUCUCUCCAGCAACCGGCUGACUUCCCUCCCACAGGGGAUUUUCCUCAACCUCCCAAACUUGGCCCAGAUCUCCCUGUAUGAGAAUGAGCUCCAGAGUCUGUCCCCAGGGGUUUUUGGGCCCAUGGCCCUGAAGGAGCUGUGGCUGUAUGACAACCGGCUGACACGCCUGGAGGACAAAACCUUCAGCAACCUGACCCAGCUACGUCUGCUGGUGCUGAGCCGGAACCAGAUCAGCUCUGUGUCCCCCAGGGCCUUCAGUGGGCUGGCCGAGCUGGGGGAAGUUUCCCUGCACACCAACUUCCUCACCAGCCUGCAGGAAGGGACCUUCCAGGGGCUGCCCAAGCUGGUCAACAUCUCCCUCAAGCACAACUACAUCAGAUCCCUCCCCGCAGGGCUUCUCCAGGGCCAGUCCCAACUUGGCCAGCUGGUCCUCCACAACAACUCCCUACCCAACCUGCCCUCACAGCUCCUCAGCACCCUAACGGUGGCCAAGGAGGUGCUGCUGGCUGACAACCCCUGGAGGUGCGACCAAGACAUUGUGCCACUGCGAGACUGGCUAACACGGCACCCCACCAAGACCAACCUCAGUGCUGUGGUGUGCCUCACGCCCUCUGCCCUGAGCGGUUACAGCAUAGCAAACCUGACCAACGACGAGCUGAUGCAGGAUACUACGACAGCCGUCCCUGAUAUCGCCCCCACAGAGAAGAGGAGGAAACCCCACACCCCCCCUCCCAAGACAAGCACCCCCUCUCCUGCUGCAGAGGCCACACCCACCCAGGAGCAGGGGGAGGACACCGGCAGUGGACGGGGGAACGGAGAGGGCGUGUCCAGGAACACGCAGAUCAUUAUUACCGCGGUGGUCUGCACCGCCGUCAUCACCAGUCUCAUCGUCUGCUGCGUCUGUUGGAGGAGGAACAAGAGAGGCAGCCGCAAUCUUGGCCGCAGGAACAAAAACAACUCAGUCAUCUAGACUGGCCCAGAGGCCUGAGAACCACAUAGGAGGUGUACUGUACAGUAAUGCUGAACAUGCCAGAGCAAACAACCUUCUGAUGUGGUUUUUCCCAAACAUGUAAGCACAGGAACCCAUCAUGUCUCUAUUAAGAACCCAUGACCAAGGACAGACGAGCUUGGCCCUGACUUUUGGGAAACUCCACUCUGAUGGAAUAAGUGGCUCUGAUUGGGAUUCCAUAAUAUGAUUGCUAAGUCCCUCUUGAAGCUCUUUAGCAAGCUUGCUGUGGUCUGAUGUUUUGCACAAUUUUUUUUUUUGAUAUCAUAAACUGUAACAAUAAUCACAAAAUGGCAUGGAUGGUAUGCACAAAAUGCCAUGCAUGUUUUUCUUCUCAAUACUGGACAAAUACUUCAUACUGAACAAAUCUAAUGCUCAACAUAUAUCUAAUCACAUAGCUGUUGAUUUUCAAGUAAAGCUUUCUUUCUAUGAUUUACUAACUGAAAUUAGGCUUGUUAUUGUGUAAUUUUUAUAUCAAGACUUAUUGCAGUAAUUCAUAGAUAUACAGUGCAUUCGGAAAGUAUUCAGACCCCUUCCCUUUUUCCACAUUUUGUUACGUUACAGCCUUAUUCUAAAAUGGAUUAAAUUGUUUAGUUUUUUUCUCAUCAAUCUACACACAAUACCCUAUAAUGACAAAGCAAAAACAGGUUUUUAGAAAAUGUCUUAAAUAUCACAAUGUAAGUAGCUCUCCGAAUGCACUGUAGGCUGGUUUCAUCUCAUAGCAAGUGGUUCUGCUUCACACACACAAAUCAAGUAAAAUGACUGACUGUAUUAUUUAAUAAAUACACUACAUAUUAGUGAUAUUCUGAAAUGCUUAAGAGACAAGGGUUCAUUGUGUGGCACAGUGUGUUAAAAAUUAAAUUUUAACAACAACAAUGUGUUCAAUUGAUGUGAGGGCAUUCAACUUCUCUUCAUCAGUAUUUGAUCAAGUUGCACAUCACAAACAUCUUCAGGAAAACUGAAGCCUGGCUAUUGGAGUGAGAAGUCAACACACUAAUCAAAUUUGGAUUGCAUUCUGAGUAGGCUACAACAGAGAUUCAUGAUCAGAUGGGUUUAUGCCAGGUUUCAUGAUGCGGUUGGCUGGGGUUCACAUUAAGAGCUCUGCAAUGACCUUGGCACCCAGUGGUUGUGCGUAGGCGAGAUUCUGACUUUAUCCUUGUACAUUCCAUGUGUCUAAUGCUCGCUGAUGGUAUUUAGCGGCGGAAUGUAAAACUUAUCUCAACUGUAUAUUGCAGUGGGUCACAAAUCAACCAAUGGUUUUACAUUUCAUUAGAGUAGACUAUAAAACACUCCCAUCUAGUAGACACAUAAUAAGUCAUAUUUGAUUUGUCAAGCUCAACAAAAUUUCACAAAUCAUAAAAUUCAGAGGCUAAAGCAAGGUUAGUUGACUAGCUAACUAGGCUAAAAUAGUAGGCCUAAAUAGUAUUAGGCUAGUUAUUUGUCACACAGCUACUGUACCUAGAAAAUAAACACAUUACAAUGAGAAAACACACAUUAACCUAGACAAUAGCUAUACUAUCAGGAAAAACGGAGUAUUAGCUGACUAGCUAGUCAGACAGACCAAAUGUAGCUAGCUAGCUGGGUAGCUGAACAGAAAAAAAGUCUGUGAGUGACGGGAAUGUGGUAUAGGUUUGUCUUUAUCACCAGAUACAAAUAAAUAUUUGGUAUCUCCAGCUGGCAAUGAACGAAUGAGAGUUUACAAAAACAAAUGAAUGAAUGAGAGUUUACAAAAACAAUGGUAAGGUAUAAUUAUGAAUGUCUAAUUACAGGUUACCUUAAAUUAAUUCUAGCAUUCGAACAGGAUUCAUCAGUUAUUUUGAAGAGAAAUUGUCUUCAAGAAGCCAAUGCUGUCAAAAAUGACAUGGCCAGUAAUAUACCUACCCAGGCUACAUGAAAUUGCUCAUAAAGAAUAGGCCUUAAUCACUUGUGUUCAUUAUGGAAAAAGAUAGUAGGCCUUGUACCGAUCAUUUCAUUUCUGACAGCAUUGGCCUAUUGAAGACAAUUUCUCUUCAAAAUAACCGAUGAAUUGAACAAUAACAUUAUUAUAUGGUACAUAAGUCACAAUACAUUUGAAUAUUGAAUAGAAUAUUGUGAUGACCCUCCCACUCUGUCUGCUGUAUUCUCUCUCUUUGUUCUUGUUUCCUUAUUAGGAUGCCGGUGGGCGGAGUUGGGAGGGUCGUCAGCUACAUGGGAAACACCUGGGACCGGGUGUGUCCCAGGAUAAAUACACCACUUCCCCAUUCAUGGGGGAGACUCUCUCCAUGCAGACACUAUGGUUUAUUUGUAUAUAGGUUACUUUAGUUAAUAAAUAUAUAUUUUGUUA